CGUCGUCGGGGCGCGCCGGGGACGCCCGGACAGCGGGGGCUCUCUGACCCGGCGGCUGCGAAUAAAUGGCCGGGAGGUCCGGGCGGCGCGAUGCUGGGCUCUCCCGCGGACUCGGACCGGCUUCGGCCGUCGCUCGGAUCCUGUUUUCUUCGUCCCUUUGGCCUUUUCCCCCGCGGCUGACCGCGGACAGGGAGACAGCUCUUGGUCUCUGCCACCUUCCGCUCCUCUCCGCGGCUGCCCAGGCCUCCGACGAGGGCCAGGUGACAUUUCACUCUGUCAUCUGUGUUUUGGACAUUUUCUCAUAAUGGAGUUCCCUGAUUUGGGGAAGCAUUGUUCAGAAAAAACUUGCAAGCAGCUAGAUUUUCUUCCGUUAGAAUGUGAUGCAUGUAAACAAGAUUUCUGUAAAGAUCAUUUUACCUAUGCUGCACAUAAAUGUCCCUUUGCAUUCAAGAAGGAUGUUCAGGUCCCAGUGUGCCCACUUUGUAACAGCCCUGUCCCAGUAAAAAAGGGCGAGAUCCCAGAUGCGGUGGUCGGCGCGCACAUGGAUGGAGGCUGUAAACGUCACCCUGGGAGGAAGAAAGAGGAGAUUUUCACGUACCGCUGCUCAAAAGAGGGCUGCGGGCGGAAGGAGACGCUGCGCGUGGCUCGCGCCGAGGGUCGCGGCGUCUUCUGCAUUCAGCACAGACACCCUCGGGACCACGGCUGCGCCCGCGGAGGCCCCCCUGCCAGCACGGCCGGGUGCUCGGCGGCAAGGGCCUCGGAUGCCGGGCCGUCGGGGGCUUCACGCGAGGGGCCGGGCGGCUGGCUGACUCGGCGCUUCAGGUGGAGAGUAAAGUGACGAUGUGACUGUUCAAACUGGCCUCUUUCCAAACGUGAUUUGCACUUUGUGGCCACUUUAAUGCUCUAGCACUUGCACGCUUCCCACCACGAGCAGCUCUGCCCUGAGCUGACCUGGUCACAGGGGCUUCUGUCCCUUAGCUGACCUGGUCACAGGGGCUUCUGUCCCUUGACCUCUGUCCCUUAACCCACCGACGGUGGAUCUCACUGUGUCUUCCUCACGUGGCUUGUGUGGUGAUCAGCCGUCUGAGCCCAGGCACGGGGGCGGGACUACACCUUCCCUGUUAGGGGUCCUUGUCCGGAGGUGGCCCCCAGCCCGCCGCUCCUGUUCCACUGAGAGAACAGCCUGUGACCCUCUGACUGCAGGCAUUGGGGUGACACCGAGGGCUUUGGGGCCUGUCAGGAGAGCCGUCAUCUCCCGGGACCUCAGGGAACCGGAUGAAGAGAAAUACCAUCCCAGUCGUAACCCCGGGGCAUCCAGCCGUGCGUUCCAGACAUCCCACUGCUUGCGGAUUAACAAAAAUCCAAGCAGUUACUCUUUCUUCUUUGGUUUCAUAGCCUCAAAACACAAUGGUUGUGACCAGCUAG